AUGUUGCCGGUGUCUCGACCCGAUAGUCAGAUGAGUUUCAACUACAUUCCCACCUCUCAGCCCAUGUCGGGUACCUCGACUGGGCGCAGCUCGCCCAGUGACUUGGCUGGAUCCGGAUCAGCAAAGGCACCGUUCGGUCCACCUGGGUCCAUCGGCGCUGCGAGACUUGGGGCUGGAUCCCCCUCUGAGUUGGGGGGUCGUUUGUAUCCCAAGCGAGCCCGCGAAAUUCAAGCACAAGAAGGUGUUUCCCCGAACAUUUGGGGUCCCCCAACCAGUGGUCACUCCACCCCGCUUCGUGAGAACAUCCCCGAGUCGCCUAGCCAGGAUAGCUUCCCCGACCUGAUGCCCACAUCCAAUGGUUCGCUGUCCGGCUCUGGGCGCAGAGCUCGAGCUGGCACUGUGCCUUCACGAUUCCCGCCGAUGGCUACACUGAGUGAAUUGGAUCUCCAGCAACCGUUUAUGUCUCAGACCUCACGACCCACGCCAUCUACCAGUCCUUUCCGUCCCCCGGGUGUCUCUGGAAUCGAUACAGGAGCUAAUGUUGUAAGCUCGGGUGCACCUAAUCCGGCUAUGUUGUCACGUCUUCGAGCUGGCUCGAUGCCCCAGAGGAGCGGCCUGCUUGGCUCAACCAACCCUUUCGGCCCUUCCUUGUUCUCUUCAAACUGGUCCACCGGUCGCGAGCGGGCUACAACCUUGACCAGUAUUCGUUCUUCCGAAGACCCAACUUCGCCAAGCGCUUCUUCGUUCUCGCGGGAUGGACUCACAGAUUCGGACAGAACCCUGGAUUACCUCGGACUCGCGGAAAAUCCCCAAGCUUCACGAGCCAGCCUUUCACGACCAUCCAUGGAGGCUCUUAUGCAACAGCAGCAGCAGCAGCAAGCCCAGGGGCUACCAGGGCUUCUGGCUGACAUGGCAAUGAUUAAGAGCAACAACCGCUUCCGGUCUUACUCGGUUAACGCCAAGGAGAAGUACGCAGAUGAUGAGGAUAUGGAAUAUGAGAACCGCUACUCGCAGCUUCCUUCUGGAACCCUCACACCCACCGCCGCUGCGACGGCUGCUCAACUCGCUGCUACACAGGCCCAAAUUCACCAGCAUAAUCUCGCUGUGAAGGCGUUUGCAACCCACGCUUCAGUCAACCGACCCCGCGCACGAACUGCUGGUAUCUUGGAAGCUCCCCCAACUCGCUCGUCUAUUCGAAACUACCUUGCCACACCCUCGCGUCUGGACAACUCCUUCAAUGCGGAUGACCUCAUGUUGGAGAAUGAGUACGAUGAGCUUUCUGAUGCUGUUCUUGGACUGCAGCUGGGUGGUGCUGGUGCUGGUUUGCGUGCAGCGCAUGAGAUGGUGGAUGAAAACAAUCAAGAUGGACCUACACGAGCUCUAUGGAUUGGUAGCAUUCCUGUAUCGACAACUGUCACUUCCCUUGAGGCAAUCUUUGGUAUCUACGGAAAGAUUGAGUCCACUCGUGUGUUGACACACAAGAACUGCGGAUUCGUUAACUUUGAGCGCCUUGAAAGUGCCGUGCAAGCCAAGUCACUGUUGAAUGGCAAGGAGAUCUUUCCUGGUGCAGGGCCCGUCCGAAUUGGAUAUGCCAAGGUUCCUGGUGCCUCUGCUGGUGGCACGCCUGGCGCGAAUGGCAUUCAGUCUUCCCCAACCCCGGAUCCUAGCUUCAAGUCCAACCUGGGAGUAGGAGAGGGUAUUGACCGAGCAGACACUCGCUCUAUUCCUCAGAUUCCUGCUCUUGUUGACCUCUUGCCCGAGAUGCUUGAGAUCGUACAGGAGUUUGGAGCCAAUGAGGAGGACUCUCGCAACAUCAACAACACUAUUCAGACUGCUAUUGCUUUCGAUGCAUUCGAGGAUGAGAUCCCUUCUGUUCAAGAGCCUAGCCAGACUCGCAUGUUUGACGCCCCUCGUCUUCGUGACAUUAGAAAGCGAAUUGACAAUGGAGCCUGCUCUAUUCAAGAAAUCGAAGAAACAGCUGGAGCAAUGCUCCCUGAGAUUGCUGAACUCUCGUCUGACUACUUGGGUAACACCGUUGUUCAGAAGCUCUUCGAAUUCUGCUCAGAGUCCACCAAAGAGCAAAUGCUCACGCACAUCGCGCCCAAUCUUGCUGAAAUCGGUGUCCACAAGAACGGAACUUGGGCAGCUCAGAAGAUUAUAGACGUUGCUAAGACACCAGCUCAGAUGAACUUGAUUGUGGAUGCUCUCCGUCCCCACAUCGUUCCUCUUUUCCUUGAUCAGUUUGGAAACUACGUUCUUCAGUGCUGCUUGCGCUUUACCGCCCCUUUCAACGACUUCAUUUUCGAGAGCAUGCUCAGUAGAAUGUGGGAGAUUGCCCAGGGUCGAUUUGGUGCCCGAGCCAUGCGAGCUUGUUUGGAAAGCCACCACGCAACCAAGGAUCAGCAACGAACACUCGCGGCUGCCAUCGCGCUCCACAGUGUUCAGCUGGCCACAAAUGCGAACGGUGCUCUCCUGCUUACUUGGUUCCUUGACACUUGUACAUUCCCCCGUCGCCGCACUGUGCUUGCUCCCCGCCUGGUUCCCCAUCUUGUGCAUCUUUGCACCCACAAGGUCGCCUAUCUUACCGUCCUCAAGGUCAUCAAUCAGCGCAACGAGGCCGAAGCUAGGGACACUGUGCUCAAGGCCUUGUUUUUCAGCCCUGGAGAUGAGGUUUUGGAGAAAAUCUUGAGCGAUCAAACCUCUGGUGCUACUUUGAUCUUCAAGGUGUUGACUACUCCUUUCUUUGAUGAGUCUAUGCGCGGCGAGGUGGUGAAGAAUGUUGCCAAGGUUUUGACUAAAUUGAAGGCUUCCCCAAGUCAAGGAUAUAAACGCUUGAUGGACGAAGUGGGUCUCUCUCGCGGAAAUGGCCAUGAGCGUCAUCAUGGACGCGACCAUUCUGCUACCCCAGAGAAGUCGCACCGCCAAUCUUCUCGACAUGGAAGCACAGCAGCUGGGUAUCCUGGGCAGCCCCCCAUGGAUCGCCAGUAUGGUGGACAGUACGCUCCUAACAUGGACUCUCGUUCUAUGUCUGCUGAUCAAAACAAUAUCAACCAACUUGACCCAUACGCGAGCAAUGGUCUAAAUGGAUUCCCGAACCCCUUGAAUGGCCUCGGCGGAGCUGCUGGCUUCCAAGACUCUGUGAACCAGCUUCCUCCCCAAUUGCAGUAUUCAGGUUAUCUGCCUGCUCAAGGUCGCGGCGUGUCUUCCGGUGGUAUGUACCAAAACAUGCCCGGUGCCAACUACGGCUAUCCAGUAGGCACCCCAUCAGUUGAGAACUUGCGCUCUAUGUCCAAUCAACAAGCAUCGCAGCUGCCCGGUGGAUACAACCCCAUGCUUGGCCAGUCCAACUAUGCCCCGCAGCAGUUCAGCCCAGUAAUGGCUCCUACCCAGCUCUAUCAAUACCCUCCGCAGUCUUACCCCCAAGCACAGCCUGUGCAGGGACAAUCUGGCGGAGGCCGACGUGGACGGGUGAGUAACAUCCCCCCUACAAUACCUUAA